AUGAUCUUCGGUGGUGUCUGCCCCUCUGUGACCUCCAUCAUUGCGGAGUCUUUGGAGGGUUGGAAUCUGGUGCAGCUGUCCUUUGCAGCUACAACCCCAGUUCUGGCAGACAAGAAAAAGUACCCCAACUUCUUCCGCACUGUCCCCUCAGACAACGCUGUGAACCCUGCUGUAGUAAAGUUCCUCAACUACUACAACUGGAGCCGCGUGGGGACACUCACACAGGAUGUUCAGAGGUUCUCAGAGGUGCGGAAUGACCUGACUAAUGAGCUGGAGAAAGCAGACAUUCAGAUCGCAGAUACAGAAAGCUUCUCCAAUGACCCCUGUGUCAAUGUUAAGAAGCUCAAGGACAAUGAUGUAAGAAUCAUCAUUGGCCAGUUUGACGAGAACCUGGCCUCAAAAGUCUUCUGCUGCGCGUAUAAUCUGAACAUGUUUGGCAGUAAAUACCAGUGGAUUAUUCCCGGAUGGUACCAGGGCAACUGGUGGGAACAGGCCAACACCACCAACUGCACCACCAAGAAGCUGCUUACAGCCAUGGAGGGAUACAUCAGUGUGGACUUUGAGCCACUCAGCGCUCGGCAGAUCAAGGGCAUCUCUGGCAGGACCCCUAAGGAGUACGAGAGGGAGUACAGCCGAGAGCUUCAGCAGAAAGGUGUGGAGGCCAGUAAGUUUCACGGCUUCGCCUAUGAUGGGAUCUGGGUCAUUGCUAAAACCUUGACCCGAGUGAUGGAACUGCUCCGAAUAAAACAACGGCAGAACACCUACCACAACUUCACUGUGGAUGACCGCGAAGUGGGAAAGAUUGUACUGGAUGUCAUGAAUGAGACCAACUUCUACGGUGUUACGGGUCAAGUCAUGUUUCGGAAUGGAGAGAGGAUGGGCACAAUAAAAUUCAACCAGUUUCAAGAGGGCCAGGAAGUGAAGGUGGGAGAGUACAACGCAAUCGCUGAUGUGCUGGACCUCAUCAACAACUCUAUAAGGUUCCAAGGUGUGGAGCCUCCCAAGGAUCGUACAUUUGUGCGUCUGCAGCGCCGCCACAUCAAUGUGCCCCUGUACAGCAUCCUGUCCACCAUCACCAUACUGGGCAUGCUAAUGGCCGGGGCCUUUUUGUUCUUUAACAUCAAGAACCGCAACCACAGACUAAUCAAGAUGUCCAGUCCGUACAUGAACAACCUGAUCAUCCUAGGAGGCAUGCUCUCUUAUGCCUCUAUCUUCCUGUUUGGUCUGGAUGGAGGUUUUGUCUCUGACAAAGAGUUUGAGACCCUCUGCACUGUUCGAACAUGGAUUCUCAUCGUUGGAUACACCACAGCUUUCGGAGCCAUGUUUGCCAAGACCUGGAGGGUGCACGCAAUCUUCAAAAAUGUGAAGAUGAAGAAGAAGAUCAUCAAGGACCAGAAGUUGUUGAUUAUUGUUGGCGGGAUGCUGCUAAUCGACUUAUGCAUCCUCAUUUGCUGGCAGAUUGUGGACCCGCUUAAGAGGACUGUCGAAGAGUACAGCUUGGAGGCGGAUCCCCAAGGCCGAGACAUUGCCAUCCGUCCCUUCCUGGAGCACUGUGAGAACACUCAUAUGACCAUUUGGCUGGGCAUCGUCUACGCGUACAAGGGACUGCUAAUGUUGUUUGGCUGUUUCCUGGCAUGGGAGACCAGGAAUGUGAGCAUCCCUGCCCUCAAUGACAGCAAAUACAUCGGGAUGAGUGUGUACAAUGUGGGCAUCAUGUGCAUCAUCGGUGCCGCUGUGUCUUUUCUGACCAGAGACCAGCCCAAUGUCCAAUUCUGCAUUGUAGCACUAGUGAUCAUCUUUUGCAGCACUAUCACACUUUGUCUGGUCUUCGUUCCCAAGUUAAUCACCAUGAGAACCAACCCGGAUGCAGCUACCCAGAACCGGAGGCUAAAGUUCACCCAGAACCAGAAGAAGGAAGACUCCAAGACCUCCACCUCGGUCACCAGCGUCAACCAAGCUAACACUUCUCGGCUGGACGGGCUUCAAACUGAUAACCACCGCCUCCGCAUGAGGAUAACAGAGUUGGACAAGGAGCUGGAGGAAGUGACCAUGCAGCUGCAGGACACCCCAGAAAAAACUCCUUACAUUAAACAGAACCAUUACCCGGACGCAAACAACAUCCUCAGCAUACGCAACUUCACAGAUAGCAAAGAUGGGGAGAAGUCGAUAUUGAAGAACCACCUGGAGCAGAAACCUCAGGCGCAGUGGGGCUCCAUGGAUCCUUCCAGAAUAAACAGAGGUCCCCUGGAGGAUAUUAACUCACCCGAACACAUACAACGUCGACUGUCCUUGCAGCUUCCCAUUCUGCACCAUGCCUACUUACCUUCCAUAGGAGGGGUUGAUGCCAGCUGCACCAGCCCCAGCGGCAGCCCUGGUACCAGCCCACGGCACAGACACAUGCCCCCCUCCUACCGGUGACUGGAUACCGGUGUGGAGACGUGGUAUUUACAAAACCCAACAAGAAAACCAUCCAAUUUACUCCCUGGCCACUUCCCAACCCC